CCGCUCCACCUUCCCUCCUCUCCUCUCCUCUCUUCUCUUCUCGACCUCCACUCCUCUCCACCCAUCGCGGCCAUAAGACGCCACCUCCCCUUCCCACCACGCCAUCACCACCACCACCACCACCUCACCGCCGCCUCGCACGCAGACGGCGAGGCUUCCGGCGCGGCGGCGGAAGAGUAGCGCGAGCGAGCUGAGAGAUGGAGCGGCGGCCGGAGCUGCGGCGGACGAUGACGCUCUCGGAGCAGCUGUCCGCGCCCGACCAGGCCAUCCGCGACUUCCUCAAGAUCCCACACGACGGCCUCGGCGGCGGCGACGGCGAGGGAGGGAGGAUCCCCGCCGCCGCGGGCGCCUCCGGUGGCGGCGGUGGCGUCGGUGGCAUGAUCAACUGGAAGCCGCUGCGUGACCGGCUCCGGCUACGCCGCGCCGCGAGCGCGUGGAUGUCCGCGUCGCCCAAGCCCGCCGCGUCGAACAGCGGCGGCGGAGGCGGCGGCGGCGCGACGCUGAGCAGCAGCAACAGCGGCAGCAACCACAGCAACAAGUACAACUACUCCCCCGGCGAGGCCGCGGCGGCGUUCUCGCGCACCUUCUCCCGCACGCGGUCGCUCCGCCCGACGCCGACCUUCUCGCGCGCCACCUCCACCCGCCUCGGAGCCACAGCCUUCUCCAGCGGCUCCAGGCGCGCCGCGGUCGACGGCGGCGGCCACGCCAAUGAGGACGACGACGAGGACCACACCGACGACGACGACGACGACGACGAAGAGGAGCAAGGCAAGGACGACGCGCCCGCGGCGCAGAUGUCGCUGAUGGCGCUACUGGAGCAAUCGGACAGCCAGUGGGACUCGGAGGACGAGGACGACCAAGGCCACGGCGGUGGCGGCGGCGGCGGGGGCAACGGCGGCGGCGGCGGCGGCGGCGGCGCGCGCAAGAACGGCGACGGCGACGACGACGAGGACGACGGCGAGGGGCGGGAGGAGGAGAUGGUGCACGUGUGCUGCGUGUGCAUGGUGCGCCACAAGGGCGCCGCCUUCAUCCCGUGCGGCCACACCUUCUGCCGCCUCUGCUCCCGCGAGCUCUGGGUCAGCCGCGGCAACUGCCCUCUCUGCAACGGUUUCAUCCAAGAAAUCCUCGACAUCUUCUAAUCAUCUUCUUCAGAAUUCAGAUGCAAACCAAGAAAUCCUCGACAUCUUCUAAUCUUCUUCAGAAUUCAGAUGCAGAUAGAACGAUCAUGCAGCAUGGCGGUAGUAGCUAUAAGAUUUGUUGGUUGGAUUGGUUGAUGGCGUACGAGUGGCCAAUUCAUGCGCCGCUCCGCUGAAAAUUAACCUGAAAAAAAAAUUGAAACUUAUAGGGGAUUCGAUCGAUCGAUUGAUUUGUGUGCAAGUGCAACAUGAAACGCUGAAAACACUUGUAAUUUAUUGGCGUUGCUGAAAGAUAAAUAAUUAAUAGGCGGCACUGUCUCAUUGAUGAAUUA